AAGUUAAACGCUACUUGACUUUAAGUGUAAUCAGUCAUUAGUGUAAUGUAGUUACUUCAGAAUCUACUUAUUGUAACAACCCAGGCUAACUUCUGGCUAAAUUUCCACUAAAAUAUUCCAUCGUUCAACUCAUGCUUGCCUGGCACACCGCACAGGAAGAGAAGUUCAAAAGUAUUUUAUAAUUUUCAGUGAUUUCAUGGAAAAACCAUGUCUCCGAGGGGCUGUAAGUUAGUGUUAACAUUUGAGGAGUCACAACAGUAAAAACACUGUAAAUCACACCAAAAUGACUACGUGGUGUCGCAUUAAUGGCCUGAUGAGGAGGUACAGACAUGGCCAACUUACUGAGAUCUCCUCAUCUGUACAGUUCCAUCUUUUGGAGCGGCAUGUUUGGCUGAGGAAGCUAUCGUCAUGGGGAAGUGUUUUUCUCCAAGUGAAGGGGAUACACACAACUAAUUAUUUAUAUGCUAAAAAGGCACAUCAUAAACCACGUCAACGUCUAAAAACGAAAAAUUCUAUCAAAUUGGAAAGAGCUUUUGUCCACGGGAAUAUGACUAUUGCUGAGCUUGCUAAGGCCUUAAAUAAGCCUCGAGACCAUGUUUAUGAGGUUCUCAUGUAUCUACCAGGAACUGAACGUUAUGAUCAUGAUAAAGCUGUUCUAGACAGAGACACUUUGAUCAAAGUUGUCAAAAAGUCUGGCAUGGUGCCAGAAUUCGUAGCCAAACAGGAAAAAGAAGAAGAUGAAAAUCGAGACUUUGUUAAACAACCUCCCCCAGACCCAAGUGUCUUAGUCAAACGACCGCCUGUUGUUACAAUAAUGGGACAUGUCGAUCAUGGGAAGACAACUCUGCUGGACAAGCUAAGAAAUUCAAAUGUCGUAGACCAAGAAUUUGGAGGCAUCACCCAGCACAUUGGAGCUUUUCGAGUGGUUUUACAAACUGGAGAAGCCAUUUGUUUCCUGGACACCCCAGGGCACGCCGCCUUCAGUUCCAUGAGGGCCAGGGGAGCUCACCUGACAGACAUCAUUGUUUUAGUUGUGGCUGCGGACGAUGGCGUUAUGCAGCAAACUUUAGAAUCUAUACACCAUGCACAAGAUGCCAAAGUUCCGAUUAUCGUUGCCAUAAAUAAAAUUGACAAGAACAAUGCCGAUGUUUCAAGAACCAAGCAGAUGUUGCUGGAGCAUCAGAUACAGCUGGAGGAGUUUGGAGGGGAUGUCCAGGCUGUUCCCAUAUCUGCCCUUAAGGGAACUAAUUUGCUGGAGCUUCAAGAGGCCAUAGUUACACAAGCUGAACUUAUGAACUUGAAGGGGGAUCCUGUUGGUCUAGUCGAGGGGAGGGUGGUUGAAGCCAGAUUGGAUGAGAAACGAGGCCGACUGGUUACUGCAGUAAUCCAGCGUGGAACAUUGAAACGUGGUGAUUUCUUGAUAGCCGGGACUGCAUGGGGCAAGGUCAGGGCUAUGUUUGAUGAUAAAGGCAACCCUAUUCAGGCCGCGCCCCCCAGCACACCUGUGGAGAUUCUGGGCUGGAAAGAAACCCCCUCGGCUGGUGAAGAAAUGUUGCAGAUCAAAGAAGAGUCCCAGUUAAAGUCUGUCCUGGCGUGGCGCAAUGCCCAGAAGAUGAAGCAGAAGCAGGAGGAAGACCUCGUGGUCAUCACGGAGAGGAGGGACGAGUACUACAAGAACUACAGGGCCGACCUGGUGGAGCGCAGGUCCAAGGGUUUCUACAGGCGGAAAAAACCAACGGGUCCCAGGUCCAAGGAGCUUGUGGACGAUACCGACCCUCACUUCUCUAUUGUGUUAAAAGGGGAUGUGGAUGGCUCAGUGGAUGCUAUCCUGGAUGUCCUAGACACCUUCCACUCCAAGAAAUGUCAACUGGAUAUCAUCCAUUUUGGCGUGGGCAAUGUCACAGAGUCAGAUAUUGAAAUGGCAGCAUCUUUUGAAGGUGAAAUCUACGCUUUCAACGUGACAGUGCCUGAUAAAGUGGCCUCCCUUGCCAAGAGUAAGAAUGUUCCUGUCAAGAAGUUUAAUAUUAUCUAUCGUCUGUUUGAGGAUCUGGUAGUCGAGCUCAACAAAAAAUUACCCAAAAUUGAGGAAGAGACUGUAACAGGGCAAGCUAAAGUGUUGCAAGUUUUUCAAGUCACCCUCCCCAAUAAAAACAAAGCCAAUGUGGCUGGGUGUCGGUGUAUCGAAGGAAACAUGUCAAAAAAACUUGGGGUCAAGGUUAUUAGAAAUGAUGAAACAGUAUAUACUGGUAAAGUAGUAUCCCUGAAGCACUUUAAGAAUGAAGUCGACAGUGUAAAGAAAGAACAAGAGUGCGGCCUGUCUUUAGAUGACCCCAACUUUGAGUUUCAACCCCAAGACAUCAUUGUCAACUAUGACAUCAAGUUGAUUGAGCAAGAAAUUGACUGGGAUCCUGGGUUUUGAGCUGACUGACAACUAAAUUGACUGGGAUCCUGGGUUUUGAGCUGACUGACAACUCAAUUUACUGAGUUUUUAGGGCAUGUUGACUGAUAAAUACAUUGUGAAAAAUUUUCAGACCAUGUUAAGUAACCGAUACAGUUAGUGUUUUUUAUAGGUCAUGUAGGUUGACUAAUGCAUGGACUGGGUUUAUAAAGUACAUGCUGACUAAAUGCAUUGACCGACUUUUUUGAAGGCCAUGCGGACUAAUGAACUGACUGAGUUUUUAGCUAACAUCAACAUAAUUGAUCUAUUGAUUUUGUUAAUAAAUUGUAAUGUUAUUAAGUGUAAAUAUGUGGUACAAUUUAUGUCAUAAUUAAAGUUAGGUAAUAU